GCAGGAUUACGUAACGUUCUCGCGUCUGUCGGGAAAGCAGUUGACAACAGGAGCCAAGAACAGGCCGAAGUGAGCAAACAAAACAAACACAUGAAGAAAAGAGCAAAAUAACCGCAAAGUUUGAGUUUAUUUCACACAAUAAGAAUGUUUAAUUCUGUUCUACAGCAGUUUGAAGCCAGUUUGACCUGAAAGUCGUCAGUAAAAAGAGGGCGUGCACCUGUCGAAGAUAAAUAGGUUAACUCGGCUAACGUCUGUUAGCUCAGGAGGAAGCUAGCUGGGCUCGGUUCUGGUGGUCCGUCUCCAGACAUGUCGUCCCCCUCCUCAUCCAGGCGCCAGUGGUGCUACCUGUGCGACCUGCCCAAGAUGCCGUGGACCGUGGUGUGGGACUUCAGUGAGGUGGUCUGCCGUGGGUGCGUGAACUACGAGGGAGCCAACCAGAUCGAGUUCCUGAUCACCAGCGCGCGACAGCUGAAACGGACCCACGGGAUCCAGGACGGAACCGUCCGCUCACCUGGUCCUUCACCGAAUAAACACGGCACACCUGGCCGAGGAGAGGCCCCGGCAGACGGGGGCAGACCGCAUCCAGACCGCUUCGACCGGAGAGGGGAGGGGACCGGGUCGGCGAUACGCGUGCCGCCCAACGGGCUGCACCGGGACGGACAACCCCCCCCUGAGGUGAACCGGCAGAGUCCCAGCGGGAGCCGGAGACCCAUGCUGGGGGCCGCCAUCCCCCCCAGUCUGGUCACUCAGAGUAUCGCAGGGAUCCCGCACGGGCUUCUUGCGGGGAUGCCUGCGGGUCUGACGGCCCGGACCGCCCCCAUGAGUAACCCCAUGCUCUUCCAGGCCCCGGUUCUGGCCGAGAUGAGCCGCAGACAGCUGGGCAUCGGGAUGGGGAUCGCCCCGUUUAUCACCCCAGAGUUGGAGCGAGAGCUCAGCUCGUCCCAGAACCAGCCCAAGAUCCAGUCCCAGAUCCACAGUUCUGUGUCCGGGGGGAGCAGUACCAGUAAGAGUUCGGGUCUGCCGUCCUCGUCCUCAUCCAUGGCCGGGGGUGUCAGUCAGACGAGCCCCAAACCGGCUUCAUCUCCAGCCAGGCAGCCUCGCCCCCUCACCGCCAGGUCCGGAGGGGAGCCCCUGGGGUCCAGCACCUCCGCAGAGGCAGCGACCACGGCUGCGGCGUUACCCCACAGCGGGGCCUCCGAGCUGGGGUCUGCAUCUGCCGGCAACACCCACUCCACCGGAAACACCCUGUCCUGCACCCUGUGUCACGAGAGGCUGGAGGACACACACUUUGUUCAGUGUCCAUCAGUGCCGGGACACAGGUCUGUGUGGUUCUGAUCCGUGUUGGUUUUGUGUAUCCGGUUUAUUUUGAGGGUUCUGGAGACGCAGGACGGUGGGUGGAGUGAGGGUGGAGAGUGACAUCAGUAAAGAGCUGCAGGUUGGAAUCAAACCAGAACUCCCACUCUGUCCAAUUAAACCACUGGGCUGAAGCUCCUCAGUGCUUCUUAGUUUGACCUUUUAGAGUUCUGCUCUAUAAAGAGGACUUUAGUGGGUCCAUAAUUAAAACAUUGUGAGUCAUGAAAGGGAUAUUCUGGUGUAAAACUAAGUCAGGAUUAAACACACCGAGUUAGACCCCCCCUCCAGAGAUGAAUGUUGUCGACCGCUUUCUUCUCUAGUUAUACCAACUUUAGUAACGACCGCAGGAUAGUAAUACAGAGAGCCACGCCCCCAACCAAAACGCCACUCUAUAACCACAAAUAAUGCUCAGAACAGCACCUAACUUCAUCAACAGGACAUAUAGGGUCACAGACAUAGUACUAGACACCAAACAUCUUUUUAACUUUGACUCAUCAAAGAGUCUAAACACAACUCACCUACUCUCUUCCAGCAGCCGCUUGUUUGUAGAGAGACCUCAGGCCAGUCCAUUACGGACUACAGCGGGGUGCCGCAGCUCAACGAAGAACAUUUAUGAUCAUUUCUUCAUCAUUUCCUUGAAGUAAUAAUCACCAUAUUAAUCAUUUUACAGACGCGGUAGUUCUUCUGUCUUAGCGUCUCGGUCUGAUUGUAUUUCCAUGAAGAAAUGAUCAUAAAUGUUCUUCCUUGAGCUGCGGCACCCCGCUGUAGUCCGUGAUGGACUGGCCUGAGGUCUCGGCUGCUGGAAGAGAGUAGGUGAGCUAUCCUGUUGCUAUUACUAUCCUGCGGUCGUUACUAAAGUUGGUAUAACUAGAGAAGCAAGCGGUCGGCAACAUUCAUCUCUGGAGGGGGGGUCUAACUCGGUGUUACGGUGUGUUUGACCCUAAAUUAAUUUUACGCCGGAAUAUCCCUUUAAAGACUGUUUGAGCUCUUGUCAUUAGAAUAAUCAUAGUCAUCAUAUCUCACUAAAGUCGUGUUUUCUCCUCUCCUCGUGUUCAGGUUCUGCUUCCCCUGUACCAGGGUGUACAUCCAGACCCGGCGGGGGGACGGUGAGGUGUACUGCCCCAGUGGAGAGCGCUGUCCCCUGGAUAACUCUCCUAACAGUCCCCCUUGGGCCUUCAUGCAGGGAGAGGUCUCCACUAUACUGGGGACUGGUGGGGCAGGGGCUGCACCAGCUGCUGCUGCAUCCGGAGCUGGGACCGGGCCCGGACCUGGUCCUGGAGCUGCAGGAGCAUCUGCACCGGGUGCUGGGAGUGGAUCUAACAGUGGAGCCGGAUCUGGAAGUGGAGACGUCACGGUCAAGAAAGAGAGAGAGACGUGAUGAUGAUCGUCAUGGAAACAGGACCCAAGACAGCAACAGGUAGGUCCACCACAACCAUCUGAAACCAUGUGGUCUCAAGUCCGGUCUCCUUUUUUAAGACUCCACCCACAUGCAGAUAUCUUCAUCAGCACAUCUGGAUGUCGCUGGUUAGAAGUACGAUCAGAAUAUUUUUGAUAAUAACAAGUUUGUUUUUCGUGGUUUUCACAGAGUCCUGUCAAACAUCAGGAGGAAACAUCUGCACUGGACAGCAGAGAGACCCGGAGGAGGAGAACCAACACAGAGACACACAGGUCCUUACACCCCCACCACCACCACCACCACCUGAUAUCAAUAACUCCAUCAGACCUCACCGCACAUAUUUGACUAACGUUGCAAAGACCGCCCUCACCUUUACCUGCGAUGAGAAUGUUCCACUUUCACUCAUGAAUCAGUUCCUGUCGUGACGAGGGGAGACACUUUGGUCACAUGAGCUACACUCAGAUAUUGAUCACCAAUCAACAGCUGGACGGUGGCUACUUUAGGCAGAGUUAGAUAUCAUGACCACUAUAAACUCUCUGCAUGCUGGGAAAAUAACACAUUGACUAAAACAUGCAAAUGCAAAAUAAUGAAUAUUGAUGGUUAAAUUUAAUCAUGAAGAGGCGUUUCAGUCUGAAAUCUGACUGACAGAUGCCGAUAAAUGUUUCUUUUUUGAAAAGUCGAGCUCAGCUGCAGAUUUUUCUCCGUCAUUUCUUAAAGCUCGUCCUCCAAACUCUCUGAAAGUAGCCACGGUCUCCUGUUGACAAUCACUGUACAGCUGAUAUUGUGAAAAAGCACAAGAGCUUAUUUUUAAAAACCCAAACAACUCAGAUACAGAAAUAAAAAUCUAUUGUUUUAUUUUUCUUGUCCAUGAAAAAAAAAAAAAAACGGUUGUAAGAGGAGAAAAGAUUUCGGACCGUUCUCAGUGAUGUCCAGACCGGUCCGAGUCAAACCAAGUUGAAACUGAACCGUCUGACAAGUGUGUCCUACCAACACUCAGCUUCAAUUCAAUAUUUGUGUUUUUUCAACUGACACGAAAGUUCAAGUUUAACCUUCAGGUGAUUUUGGGUUUCCUGACUGAAUCGGUGUCCGAGCGCAGCUUCAGUCUCUCCUCUUCAAACUCAGAGGAGACGGCGUGGACAGAAUGCCAGCAGUAACAUUUCCCAGCGCGUCUGUGUACCAGUUUCAGUUUUGACUAAAGCUGACUUUGACUCAGAGAAAAUCAAACCAUCCGGAGAGUCUGUCCACCAGCCUCAGACUCUCUGUGGUUCUAAAUGUUGCUUUCAUACAGAACCAGCUCAGCCUACGCUUUACCACGAAUGUAUAUGAAAAGAUAUCUAUGAUAGGCCUGGGACUAUAUUUUAUACUAGAAUUUUAAAUGUUAUAUACUCUAUAGAUCUAUUAUAGUAUGUAUGUGCAAUCCUUUGUCAUAGUAUAUGCAACGAUUUGGAAAAUGUACCUGAACGCGUUUGUGUUUCAUUUCUUCAACCUUUUGUUUUCAAAGUGAGAAUCCUCCCAAAACGCCGAGAGUCCAUCCGUCAUCCCUGAGGGUCCGAUCUUCAUGGAGCGGUUUCUAAAUUAAAGACAGAGCAGCCUUUACACAGACUGGAUUUUAAAGUUGACAGCAGUUUUUAAAACAAUCCCAUUUGAAGUGAACUGAACCUACGGCAUGUCAGAGUAAUGUAACAGGUCAGAGGAGAAGAAUCAGCAGCAGAGACUAAAAGCACAUUUCAAAACAAACACACACUCUGCAGAUGUGUGUGUGUGUGUCUGUGAGUCAUUUUACUCUGAACAAUCCAACAUCUGUGGAUCUGUGUUUUGGGUGGAUUCUCCCUUUAUGUGCCGUUUGUACCCCCCGGUACAGACCCACACUCAAACCAAAGGUGAUUUUUGCCCAAACUGAGCUUUUCUGGAUGUAAAUGUUUUGUUAAAAUUAUAUACUGCUAUAUUUCUUGGCCAGAAUGAAACUAGUUUUCUUCUUCUUCAUCAAACGGUUCCAGACCCGGACCCGUGCUCUGCUGCUCUUUGGGCGUGUCGGGUUUAAAGAGGUGGUCCCACAGAUCAGGUCUGUUCUGAAGACGAACCCGUAAAGAAGUGGAUUUGAGUUGAAUAUGCACUGAUAUACCAUGCAAUCCCUUGUUAAGUGCCUUUUUCAAAUGUUUACCGUCUGUUUGUGAGCUGGGAACCUCAGGGGAAGUAGGAGAGCUACGACUUUUUUAUUGUUCAGUCAAUCAUUAACCUGAAUCUGUUUCCCUUCGCUCGCCAUCAGACGGCUUUUUGCUUUUAUCUGAAGCUUUUGUAAAGUCGGCGUUCUGUUUCAUUGUUUGAUACGUUCUCUCCUGCGUCGCUCCGCACACUGACUUCUCUCUCUCUCUCUGUCUCUCUCUCCUUCACGUGUCUGUUUUAGAUCUUUCGGUUUUACUGCAGCUUCAUGUACAAACUAGACAGCAGGAAUAAAAUGGGAUGGAAACUUG